ACCAUCGUCAUCCUCACCUCUUUUCGCAAUCUCAUCGUCAUCCUCUGACUAUCGACAUAAUGCAAUUCACAAAUAUUUUCCGUCUUUCGCUGCUUUUGACUUUGUCAACUUUGAUGGUUGUCUUCAAUGUCGCAGCUCAAUCCUCUUCAUCUUCACUAUCAAGUUCUGCCAAUCCUACACUAUCUGCCAUCACAUUCAGCUUUUCAAGUAUCGUGACUAGCACAUCAAGCAACGCAUCAGGCACUUCAACAAUCACUUCAACCAACGUAACCGAAUCCACUUCAAGUCAAACAUCAUCUUCCACUUCCUCUUCUACAAGCUCUUCGUCCAGUAGCAUGACAAGCAGCAGCAGCAGUAGUAGCAGCAGUAGCAGUAGCACAACUAUGCCCCUCUCAACAUCUCGAAUUCCAGAUGGCGCGUUCUCACUCGUACACGGAUCAUCAUUCGAUCUCCAAAAUACUAUCUUUGCCUCUCUUGCCUCUUUGGCAGUAUUGGCCGUUGCUGGAGUCGCAAUUUUCUAAACAAUGCCUUUCUCGCAACUAUACACCUCCAUUAAGUUUACCCACAUCCAUCAUCUCUAUACUUUAUAAAAGAGCAAUGACCAAACUCCCGCGAGUAUGGUUUUAUAUCCUGUAUAACAUCUUCUCUCUCUUCCUCUCCAUGCUUUCGACGCAAAUACUUCACAAAGCAAAUAGAAUUGCAUUUUUCUGCUUGUAUGUGUGUUUGUAUAUAUAUGAUCUGAAGUGAUUUUAUAUGCCAU